AUGACUGGGAGAGGGGCGUGGCCAGGCCACCGCGAGCCGCGGUGGGCGGGUGGAGUCACAAAGAAAGCUGCGCGCGCGCGCAGCCGCUGUCCCCGCCCACUCCGGGAAGGGGCGGGGACUGCGCUCGCUGGGUGCGCGCGCAGCUUUUCGUGCGACUGUUCCUGGCUGCGGCCGCCGAAUUCUUUUCAUCCCGAGCACCUGAGGCGUCAUUCUCCAGUCCUCGCCCUGGAUCCUCCUGCACCACAGAACCUCCCGGCCCGGGGGCCUCGGACCCCGGGGCUCAGGAGGACUGAACCCGGACAGAACCGAAGUUCCCGCGGGGCCUUCCGAUCCCCUAGGCCAUCUUCCAAGUCUGGCCCGGCUGCAGGAACUGGUGAGGAGUCCUUGCACCAUGAAAUUCAGAAACUAAAAGAGAAAAAGAAGAUGUUGGAAAGGGAGAUCUCCCAAUUAAUAUCUGGAGGCUACAGUGAGGAUGAAAUGGAGGAACACAUCUCCCUGCUUCACGAGUAUAAUGACAUCAAGGAUGUAGGACAGAUGCUGCUGGGAAAGCUAGCCGUGAUCCGAGGUGUCACCAGCAAAGAGUUGUAUCCAGAAUUUGGUCUGGACGUGAAUGACUGAGCUGAGGCUCAGCCUCAGGUCCAAGACCCACAGGGACAGGUGGAUGUGGACUUGAGAAGCAGCAAGAGCCCAGCCAGUGCAACACUAAGUUUCCAGUGAGAAAAUGCUAGAAGCCCUUUGCUGAAGAUCCCAAAUGAAGUAAGGAGGGAGCUCAGAGAAGAGGGAGUCAGGGAGGAAGGGGUAUUCCCAAUUCUAAGGUUCCUAAAAUGUCCCUGUGAUCCUGUGUAUCAGCAUGUGUAUUCCAUUUGCUAAUAAACAUGAGCAAUCUUGGCAUCA